AGCAGGAGGAGAACCAAUAAAAACAGUUGUCCCUCUCAACAUUACACAAUCACUCUGUCCAGAGCCACAUAAACAAAGCUAUGGGAGGAGCACUUUUUAGUAAGCCAUGGAGGACCAUGCCGCAAAACAAGCAGGAAAAUCUCGAUUUUGUGAAAUCUUACCAACCUCGAAACAAAGAAGUCAAACAUCUCAGAAUUCUGCUUCAUGGACCAGUUGGUGCUGGCAAGUCCAGUUUCAUCAACUCUGUUGAAAGUGUUUUACAAGGCAGAGUUACUGGUCGGGCUUUGACAGAUGCAAUCUCUGGGAACAGCUUUACCAAAAAAUACACAACUUACAAAAUCCACAAAGAUCCAGAGAAUAUUUACUCGUUCAUUUUCAAUGACAUCAUGGGCUUUGAGAAAGACGACACAGAGAAAGCAAAAGAGAAAGACACCAAGGGGGGAGUGGAAGUGGAAGACGUCAAACUGGCCUUGAGCGGACAUGUGACAGAAGGUUACAAGUUCAUUCCUAAACAUAAAUUGAAUCAGGGUGAUCAAGGUUACAACUCAUCUCCCACUCUGGAUGACAGAGUUCACGUUCUGGUUUGUGUCAUUCCUGCCAGCUCAUUAUCUAUAUUAAGUGAUGAAGUUUUGAAGAAGAUGAGAGAAGUCAGACUAGCAGCCAGUGAAAUGGGGAUUCCCCAACUGGCUAUUCUCACCAAAGUUGAUGAAGCCUGUCCAGAGGUAAAAAAAAAUAUAAAUAAUGUCUAUAAGAGCAAGUACCUGAAGGAACAGGUUGACAAAUUCAACAUGCAGCUGGGAAUUCCAGUGAACUGCAUCUUUCUUGUGAAGAACUACGAUCAUGAAAUUGUAACAAAUGAUGACAUUAAUUCGUUCAUACUGAGUGCACUGAGACAGAUGAUUAGCUAUGGAGAAGACUUCCUCAACAGCCUGUAGACCUACAAACUACUGAGGCAAACCUUGCAUGAUUAAGACAUGAAUAAACUGAGAUUCAAACAAUAAUCUUCUUGAUAAUCUUUAGUAACUUUCAGUAUUGUGUAAUUCAUAUAGUAUGUACCAAAGCAUGUGCGGCUUCAUUACAUCCUUAUAUUUUAGUUAGAAAUGUCAAUGUAUCUUGUCAUAAAUGUCAUGUAUGCAAAUAAGGAGGCGUUACCGGUCAUAGAUAAUGUUGCUUUGGUUGCAAUUUUAAUUCAGACAAUAUCCGAUUAUGGCAAGCUAAGUUAGCUCGUGUUACAGCACCUUAGCAUUAAUGUUAAGCUAGCUAACUAACUUAUAUGAGUUAAAAGAUAACAAAGCCCAAUUUGGAUAUGUUUCUGUCUGUAAAUUUUAGUAACUUUCAGUAUUGUGUAAUUCAUAUAGUAUGCACUAAAGCAUGUGCGGCUUCAUUACAUCCUUAUAUUUUAGUUAGAAAUGUCAAUGUAUCUUGUCAUAAAUGUCAUGUAUGCAAAUGAGGAGGCGUUACCGGUCAUAGAUAAUGUUGCUUUGGUUGCAAUUUUAAUUCAGACAAUAUCCGAUUAUGGCAAGCUAAGUUAACACGUGUUACAGCACCUUAGCAUUAAUGUUAAGCUAGCUAACUAACUUAUAUGAGUUAAAAGAUAACAAAGCCCAAUUUGGAUAUGUUUCUGUCUGUAAAUUUUAGUAACUUUCAGUAUUGUGUAAUUCAUAUAGUAUGCACUAAAGCAUGUGCGGCUUCAUUACAUCCUUAUAUUUUAGUUAGAAAUGUCAAUGUAUCUUGUCAUAAAUGUCAUGUAUGCAAAUGAGGAGGCGUUACCGGUCAUAGAUAAUGUUGCUUUGGUUGCAAUUUUAAUUCAGACAAUAUCCGAUUAUGGCAAGCUAAGUUAACACGUGUUACAGCACCUUAGCAUUAAUGUUAAGCUAGCUAACUAACUUAUAUGAGUUAAAAGAUAACAAAGCCCAAUUUGGAUAUGUUUCUGUCUGUAAAUUUUAGUAACUUUCAGUAUUGUGUAAUUCAUAUAGUAUGCACUAAAGCAUGUGCGGCUUCAUUACAUCCUUAUAUUUUAGUUAGAAAUGUCAAUGUAUCUUGUCAUAAAUGUCAUGUAUGCAAAUGAGGAGGCGUUACCGGUCAUAGAUAAUGUUGCUUUGGUUGCAAUUUUAAUUCAGACAAUAUCCGAUUAUGGCAAGCUAAGUUAACACGUGUUACAGCACCUUAGCAUUAAUGUUAAGCUAGCUAACUAACUUAUAUGAGUUAAAAGAUAACAAAGCCCAAUUUGGAUAUGUUUCUGUCUGUAAAUUUUAGUAACUUUUAGUAUUGUGUAAUUCAUAUAGUAUGUACUAAAGCAUGUGCGGCUUCAUUACAUCCUUAUAUUUUAGUUAGAAAUGUCAAUGUAUCUUAUUGUUAUUUUACUUUGAUAAACAAAGUAUGAAUACUCUGUAUCCAACCUGGAUAGACAAAUAAAAUGAAUGUUUGGAAAAUCAAA